GAGAGAGAGAGAGGGAGAGAGAAAAUGACAAAAACAGAAAGUUAAGGCUUUUUCUUUUGUAGAGAGAGGAAGUGGUAGUGGACAGAGUUUUUCUUUGGCCUCAGCAAAAGACCCACUUCCUUCAAAGUUUAGUUCUCAAAGGGGGAGUGGGGUGUUGGGUGCGUAGGUUAAGCAGAGAGAAAGAGAAAAAAGUUUGAGCCUUUUAAGUGCUCUCUCUCUUUCUCUUUCUUCUUUCUUUGUGUAUAGUGUGUAGUAAUGCUUUAGCUCUAACGUACACACGGGGAGCGUUGGAUAAGCAAACUGCACCACACUGCUUUGAAUCUUUCUUCAGUUUCUUUUCUUUGGGGUGGUUUUAGUGAAGAAGAUGGGUUCUUGUAGCAAGGGCAGAGGUUUAAUGGUGGUGUUUUGGUUAAUGGGUGUGUUGUCUUUUACUUCAUCAGCUAGAUUAGGUGUUGAAAGGCAAAAGUUUGAAGUGAAAAAACACUUGAAUCGCUUGAACAAGCCUGCUCUUAAGAGCAUUGAGAGUUCAGAUGGGGAUAUAAUAGACUGUGUUCCCAUGGCUCAUCAACCAGCUUUUGAUCAUCCUUUCCUCAAAGACCACAAGAUCCAGAUGAGGCCUAGUUAUCAUCCAGAAGGGCUAUUUGAUGAGAACAAAGUGGCUACAGAGUCAAAAGAACGAACAAAACCAAUCACUCAGUUGUGGCAUGCCAACGGUAAAUGCCCUGAAGGUACUAUCCCCGUUAGAAGAACAAAGGAGGAGGAUGUCUUGAGAGCAAGUUCAGUGAAAAGGUAUGGUAAGAAGAAGAGAAGAAGCAUCCCAAAGCCUAGGUCUGCAGAUCCUGAUCUCAUCAAUGAAAGUGGCCACCAACAUGCUAUAGCUUAUGUGGAAGGAGACAAGUAUUAUGGAGCAAAAGCAACCAUUAAUGUAUGGGAACCCAAAAUUCAACAGCCUAAUGAGUUCAGCCUGUCUCAGCUAUGGAUAUUGGGAGGUUCCUUUGGUGAAGAUCUCAACAGUAUUGAAGCUGGCUGGCAGGUCAGUCCAGAUCUAUAUGGCGACAACAACACAAGGCUUUUCACCUACUGGACUAGUGAUGCAUAUCAAGCCACAGGUUGCUACAAUCUUCUUUGCUCAGGCUUUAUUCAAAUCAAUAGUGAGAUAGCAAUGGGAGCAAGUAUCUCUCCUGUUUCUGGCUACCGCAAUUCCCAAUAUGAUAUUAGUAUACUUGUCUGGAAGGAUCCAAAAGAGGGACACUGGUGGAUGCAAUUUGGGAAUGACUAUGUGUUGGGAUACUGGCCUUCUUUCUUGUUCUCAUACUUGGCAGACAGUGCUUCCAUGAUUGAAUGGGGAGGCGAGGUUGUAAACUCAGAGCCAGAUGGUAAGCACACCUCAACUCAGAUGGGCAGUGGUCAUUUCCCUGAAGAAGGGUUUGGAAAAUCAAGCUAUUUCAGGAAUAUUCAAGUUGUUGAUGAUUCUAAUAACCUCAAGGCCCCUAAAGGAAUUGGUACCUUUACUGAGCAAUCCAACUGCUAUGAUGUUCAAACUGGAAGCAAUGGGGACUGGGGCCAUUACUUUUAUUAUGGUGGCCCGGGUAGAAAUUCCAAUUGCCCAUGAAGAGGAAUUCCUAUUUCACUUCAUGUAAUUUACUCACUCUGUAUCAUUCAACCUAGUAAUGCGUCCCACCUCCCCUCUUUUGUAUACCCUCUUCUUUCUUUUUUACUGUUAGGUUGGGUUAGUGAUGUGACCUCUCUAGUGGGAAGUUUUGACUCUUGGCCUUUUUUUUUUUCUUACUAAAAAUAUUCUCCAUGUAAGUGGUUGGGAAUAUGAUGGCAAGUUUCUCAAAGCUAAAGAAACAGGCCUUUGUUUACUCUUUUUAGUCUUUAUUAUAGUCUAUUUGUUUGUAAACUCCUUUCUUGGAGUGGUUUGUGAAUGAAUGAAUUGCUUUUCCAUCUA